CUGCCUUUCCCCCAACGAGACGACGACGACGAAGUGCCGUGCCGUAUCGUUUCGUUUCGUUCCAGCAGUAGCAACGACGCCACCGCCGUUUGGCCCAUUAUAAAAAUAACUUUAAGAACAUUUUGUAUACCCUUGCAAGAAGGGUAUAUUCGUUGAAACUCACAUUCGAAACUGAGACUUUUAUCAAUAAGUUAGUUACUUUUGAUGUGAUUUUCAUAAAAAUUAAUAUUUGUCAGUUUAAUACAAAUUUGAUCAAAAUCGGAUAACUAAAUUAUAUAGCUGACAUAUAAACGAACGAUAAAAUGGCAUGCUAAAUGCGCCAGAUUGCUUCAGCGUAACCUUGAAGGCUGUUCUUUUGCAAACAUUGGAUUUUUUAUAUAAACUCUUUUUUCUCGUUGACAAAAAGAUUAAUAAAAAAAAUCUUGCAAGGGUAUACAGUAUGUUUAGUCCCGGCCCUCUGGUCUUUUUUUUUUUCGAAACGAAAACGAAAACACACACAAAUAAUUUAUAAAUUUAGUAUAACGUGAACCGGCGGCGUGAGCGUGAGAAAAAAUACGUGUUUUGCUUUCGCUCCACUCGGUUAACCCACCGAACGUAACAAAAAAUAAUAAAAAAGUGCAUUCAAACACGUGCUCGAGAAAAAUUAUUAAAAAUGACCAACCACAAAGCAGGAACGGCGACAGGGGAAAAUUUUACGCCCUCAAAUGGUCAUCAUAUGAGACAGACCGAGGAGCAACAGGCAGAUGAUCGUCAACUUGAUGAUGAUGAUGAUGAGAACUCUCUGGAUGCCAUUCUUGUGCGUAUUGGCCAAUUUGGACGAUAUCAGAUCAUUAACUAUAUCUUAUUGUGUAUUCCCAUGGUUUUCAAUGCUUUCUUUUCAAUUUCUUAUGUAUUUACGGCUAGUACAGUGGUACAAAGAUGCAAUAUAACACAAUGUGAUAGUCCAAGUAGUUUGUAUGAGGAAUCAUGGCUUAAUUUUACUAUACCAUAUCAGAAUUCUGCAUGGGAUUCAUGUCAUCAGUAUGUGGAAAAUAUAACUGAAACAUCGGGUGAAUUUUGUUCGGCAGAAUAUUUUAAUAGAACUGCAACACAAAGUUGCAGCAAUGGUUACAAAUUUCGUGAUGAGGAGCGCACUAUAUCGACAGAGUUUGACAUAUUUUGCAAAGAUGAAUGGAUGCUUUCGAUGGUUGGAACCAUCAACAAUGUGGGACAAUUUGUUGGGAUACCAAUUGGUGGUUAUUUUGCCGAUAGAUACGGACGACGCACCAUGUUGGCCAUUGGAGGAGCUUUAAGUGCUUUAAUGGGUGUCAUACGAUCCCUUUCGACCAAUUAUUACAUGUUCCUGUCCUUUGAAUUUCUUGACAUGGCCGUGGGUAGCACUUUAUUUCCAACCGCUUUUUUGUUGGCCAUUGAGCUGGUGGGUCCGAAACGUCGUGUGGCCGCUGCAACAAUUAUCACAAUUUUCUAUUCGCUGGGUGAGGCAUUUUUGGGUUUCUUGGCGUCACAGUUGCAACAUUGGCGUUGGCUUCUGAGGGCAUUGUAUGCACCGGCGAUCUUGCAGUUAUUAUUCCUAUGGAUUCUACCGGAAAGUGUCCGUUGGCUUCUUAGCCAGGGAGCAGAACAAAAAGCAGCUUCUGUCUUGAGACGUGCCGCCCGUUGCAACAAACGUUCCCUACCCGAAGAGCAAUUGGAUGAGCUGUUGGCCAAUAAUCGUCAGAAAUUGCGUCAAGCGAAUGAGAGUCAAUAUCCCAUUAUGAAGGCCAUUCGUUUCUUUUUGCUACGCAUUGCCAAUUGUUGCCUUUGCUGGUUCACUCACACUCUAAUUGCGCUUGGUUUGAGUUUGAAUUCAGUUAAUUUGGGUGGAAAUAAGUAUACGAAUUUCAUGUUGAAUGGUUUCAUUCAGAUACCGGGUUUACUUUUGCCCCUCAUUAUUAUGGACCGUUUCGGGCGUAGAUAUUCCCUUUGUGCCUCUAUGUUGGUUUGUGCCGUCUGCAUGGGAGCAUCAGCGGCAAUUGAUCCAGAUAACUAUGCUGGAUCUUUGACUCUAUUUCUCAUUGGCAAAUUGGCCAUUACAUGCAGUUUUCAAAUUUUAUACUUUUUCACUUCGGAAAUUUUUCCCACUAAUGUGCGCAAUAGUUUAUUGUCCAUGUGCUCGAUGGUGGGACGCAUUGGUUCCAUGUUGGCACCACAAACUCCUUUAUUGGCCAAAUAUUAUAUUUAUGCGCCACAAAUUCUAUUUGCCACAUUUGCAUUGAUAAGUGGUUUCUUUACAUUGGGAUUUCCCGAGACGGCUGACAAAGUUCUGCCCACCACAAUGGAGGAGGCACGCGAUUUGAAUCGCAAAAGGCACACAAGAGGAGGAGGAGUCGGGGCAGGAGGCGGAACGGGUGAUGAGGAGCAGCAGGCCCAAGACGAGGGCCCAAGAAAACUAUACUAGAAAGCAAAUUGUUUUUAUUAGCAUUUAAGUACCAAACCUACGCAUUUUGUUGAUUUUAUUUUUGUAAAUUUUAAUAUGUAA